GCCGCGCUAUGUUCUGCUAUCAGACAGGGUUGCUAUACGAUUGUGGAACUACUUCUCGAUAGAGGCGCGGACGUGAAUGCUGGGGAUGGUGCUGCAUUGCAAGAGGCAACAGAGGGUGAGUUUGAAGACGUCGGAAUUCCAAAACUUUUGCUCGACAGAGGUGCAAAUGUGAACGCUCAAGAUGGUAUCGCGCUGCGCUCUGCUGUAGACUUGGGUCGCAACACAAUGGCAAAACUACUUCUAGACAGAGGCGCAGAUGUAAAUGCUCGAAAUGGCGCCGCGCUGCGUUCUGCUGCAAAAAGAGGCCACUACUCGAUCGCGGAUUUACUCCUCGAUCAUGGCGCAGAUGUUAAUGCU